GCUUGUUUUGUUAUCAUUAAUAAUCACUUGGGCCUCACACCCCAUCACCCUCCAUAACCACUCAGAUUUGAGUAUUUGACAAGUAUUUGCAUAACAAAACACACAAAUUGCAGAAACUUCUCCAAAACCAACCAGACAGCCAAUACCUUUUGUUUGGCAGAAAAAAUUCAAGUCAAGACCCCAUCUUUACCAAAACCAACCAAACAAAUAUUCUUGGACUCUUAAUAGUGUCAAUGCCAGUGUUUAAAGAGGUUCGUUCCCUGAAACACUUUCUCUCAUAAAGCUCAUUUUCUUCUCUCAAUCCUGCAAAUUUUGUUCUGAAGUGUUGAAAUUGAUGAAGAAGAUUUCAUUUUGGGGCAUACCCAUCUGCUAAAAUGUCUGGAAUUAACCAACAGAAGGAUUGGUUUUUAAGGUAUUCACCUCCUUUAACACCUUCAUUCUCACUCCCAAGUCCUCCUUACAGUACUGAUUUUGAAAAGAAUUCAAGUACACCAUCAUCUUUUAGCAAAAGCAGUCCAAUACUUAUUUUGGUUAUAAUAAUUUUGGCUGUAGUCUUCUUUGUUUGUGGGCUUCUUCACUUGCUUGUUAGAUACUUCAAAAAGACUUCACCUUUUUCACCAAUUUAUGAUUCUAACAGAUACCCAGAGACAUCUGGGACUCAUACACUUCAAAGACAGCUUCAACAGCUCUUUCGAUUACAUGAUUCUGGCCUUGACCAGUCUUUCAUUGAUGCUUUACCUGUAUUUUACUACAGAGACAUAGUGGGCUUGAAGGAGCCAUUUGAUUGUCCAGUUUGUUUAUCUGAAUUCUCAGACCAGGAUAAGUUGAGAUUGCUUCCUCUCUGUAGUCAUGCUUUCCACAUUUAUUGCAUUGAUACCUGGCUGCUGUCAAAUUCCACAUGCCCUCUUUGUAGGGGAACCCUAAUUGGAACCUCUGGCCUUCCAAUUGAAAACCCACAAUCCAAUUUCAACAUUUCAAGGGAAAUCUCAAAUGGGUUUGUCAGCAAUGGAGAGGAUGAGAUUUCAUCUGGUAGAAAAUUAGGAAUGAUUGAAGCAAGUAGUUCUGAAGCAAAGAGGGUCUUUUCAGUGAGACUUGGCAAGUUCAGAAGCUUGAAUGGUUGUGAAAAUGGUGGGGAGACCAGUAGCUGUAAUUUGGAUGCUAGAAGAUGUUACUCAAUGGGGGCAUUUCAGUAUGUGGUUGGUGAUUCUAAUCUGCAAGUGGCACUAUCAAAUGGUAGUAGAUGUUCUUCAAUUGAUGUGGAGGAGAAGAAAAUCAGUAGCAGGACAAGAGGUGAUAGCUUUUCUGUUUCCAAGAUCUGGCUUUGGUCUAAAAGAAGUAGAUUCCCAUAUUCUUCCAACAAUGCUAAUUUUGGUAUUCCCUCUCAUGUGGAUGUAAGAUUGCCAAUCCAUAACACAAACCAUAAUGUUUAAGUGAAUAUAUGAUAUGAUCUUCACUGUUUUUGUUCUCUUUGUUUCUUGUUUGAUGUCAAGAUUCAGAGAAAACUUCAUCAAGAAUUCUUCCUGUAUUAUCUUCCACUGCACAUUACAAUUGAUUCUUGGUAUGCAA